AACUCCCCAUUGGCCCAGACACCCCACCUUCUCUCCAAAGAAACCUCUCCCCACGCGACUGGUAGAUACAGACCCCGACCCCGAGAGACCUAUAUCCAUAUAUAUAUAUAUAUAUAUAUAUACACGCACACAUACAUAGCUUUAGAUCUCCCAAUCCAUCUCUCUCUCUACAAACAUGGAUCGCCGUCUCUCUCUCCUUUUCGCUGUCUCUCUCCUCGUAGCCGUCUCGUUCACCGCCGCCGAUGAGUCGAGCGACGACGGCGACCUGAUGAUCCGGCAGGUCGUCGGCGGCGAGCACGAGCCGAACGACGAGCACCACCACUUUAGGCUCUUCAAGCGGAGGUUUGGAAAGUCGUACGCCUCCGAGGAGGAGCACAACUACAGGUUCUCGGUGUUCAAGGCUAACAUGCGCCGGGCGAGUCGGCACCAGAAGCUUGACCCGUCGGCGGUCCACGGCGUGACUCAGUUCUCCGAUCUGACUCAGUCUGAGUUCAGGAGGAAUCACCUUGGGUUGAAGGGCAGCCUUAGGCUUCCUUCUGACGCUAAUAAGGCUCCAAUCCUGCCGACCAAAGAUUUACCGACUGAUUAUGAUUGGAGAGACCACGGAGCCGUUUCAACUGUAAAGAAUCAGGGUUCAUGUGGAUCGUGCUGGUCGUUUAGUACCACUGGAGCAAUGGAAGGUGCCCAUUUCCUUGCAACAGGGAAGCUGGAGAGCCUCAGUGAACAACAGCUUGUGGAUUGUGAUCAUGAGUGUGAUCCAGAUGAGCCUGGUUCAUGCGACUCUGGUUGCAAUGGUGGGCUGAUGAAUAGUGCCCUUGAGUACACUCUCAAAGCUGGUGGACUUAUGCGAGAACAAGACUAUCCUUACACAGGCACUGACCGUGGAACCUGCAAAUUUGACAAGACCAAGGUUGUUGCGUCGGUGGCUAACUUUAGUGUUGUCUCCCUUGAUGAAGAUCAAAUUGCUGCAAAUCUUGUGAAGAAUGGUCCUCUUGCAGUGGCUAUCAAUGCUGUUUUCAUGCAAACGUACGUCGGGGGAGUUUCAUGCCCAUAUAUAUGCUCAAAGCGGUUAGACCAUGGUGUGUUGUUGGUAGGAUAUGGUUCAGGUGCCUAUGCUCCCAUCAGGUUGAAGGAGAAGCCAUACUGGAUCAUAAAGAACUCGUGGGGAGAAACUUGGGGUGAAAAUGGAUUCUACAAGAUCUGUCGGGGACGCAAUAUUUGCGGAGUCGACUCCAUGGUUUCGACUGUUGCUGCUGUUCAUACCACCUCUCAGUAGGAUGUGUCAAAUUCAAAUAACAUCCAAAAGGUAGUUGGUGUCUGUAUAUAAAUCAGUAUAACUUGGUCAACAUUCUCAGACAUUUCCUAAAGCAUAAGGGACAUGUCUCUUAAGCCUUAGCCAUUAUCUGGUCUAAUUCCUCCAUCUGUGUCCUAAAAAUUUAAGGCUGCCUUGGAUGCUUUGUAAACAUUUAUACUGUACUAUUUGAAGACACUGAAUGUUUCUUAUGCAAUGAAGAUCAUAUUUAUCCUCA